AUGGACGGACUGGCACGCUGGCCCGCCGCCGGCCCCAGCUUCGACACCUCCCAACCCAACGCCGAAAGAGUAACACCCUUCCGAUACGCCCUGCUAAAGUCAUCUUCACACUUUCGCAUCCUCCGGUUGAAAUCCGUCUACGUGGACGCUUCCAUACCGUUCAACCAGCACCUCCAUGGCUCCCUGGUCGAGGUUGACUCCAUCUGCAUCAACCAAGGGUCCGACGCGGAGGCGCUGGCCGAGCGGAGCGGCCAGACCGCCAUGAUGGACUUGAUCUACCGGUCGGCGCGGUAG